AUGAAAAAACCAUUGGACUCUAUUUCGAACCCAAAAUAUUUAGGUUCACAAGUGCUUAGUGUUCAACAAAGUUUAAUCCUUGUAUUUGCCCAUUUAAUUCAAAAUAAUCUUAAUGAUGUUGUUAAUUUUCUUACGUCAACUCCUGGACCACAAGGUAGUAGUGCAUUUGAUUUUGUUAUGUAUGAAUGGGUUACUAAACAACAUCUUUUUUCUGGUCCAUAUGAUAUUAAAGUCAGUAUUAUUGCAUUAACUGGCUUAUUAGAAUAUGCUAUGACAAAUAAUGAUGUACGUUUUCAAACAUUAAUUGUUCCAGGUGAUCAAAUUAUUUAUCACCAAUCAGGUCAAUCAAUUUCACAUCGUACACGUUCAAAAACUUCUAAACAACCUGAACAAUGGACACGUGUACCAUUAGUUGUUAAACUUUUUAAAAUUCUUGUACUUGAAUUACAAAAUCAAAUUAAUACACGUAAAGAACUUGAAGAAGAUGCAAAUUUUAAUGAUGAUGAUGAUGAUGAUAAUGAUGAUGGCGAUGAUGAUGGUGAUAAUAAAGAAAAAGAUAAUGAUGACAUAAAUGAAUCGAAUCUAUUAAAACCAACUGAUGAUGAAGCAACAAAGUAUUUAGAACGUUAUGAUAAUUUACUUGAUGAUGUAUUUGAUUAUGAAUUUUUUCAAGAAAAAGAUCCCGAUGCAUUUAACGAUCCAGUAAUGCAAGUUGAUUUACUUGAUUAUUUAAAAGAACGUUUACAUUUAUUUGCAAGACAUGCAUGGUUUAAUAUAUUUCAACAACAUUUAAAUUUAAUUGAACGUAAUGCAUUACAAAAAAUUUCUAUACUUCCAUAA